CGCUGAGGGAGCGGCGCAGUCGCAGAGAGAUCCCUUUCCAGCCAGUCACAGGAAAAAUGCCUCGGGUUGGGAAGGUGGGAGGGGCCGGCUCCGGCGCAGAGCGAAAGCAUAGGCCCUUCCCCCGGCUCCUCUGACAGCAUCUGUUCGCCAGAAAGGAGGGAGGACGCUAAACGAGAUGGACCACUUCCGGGACACAGGACCAGGCGGGCCGGAGGAAGCUGCGGGGGCCUGUGGUGGGGAGGGCGGUUGUGCCGGGGCCACUUCUCCCCUGCGGUUCUGGCGGUUUCCCCGGCACUCUCGCGGCUCUGAGUUUCCUAUACUUGUGGCAUAGUGCAAACGCGAGGAGGAACGGACACAGCAUUGGUUAGUUGUGGCCUUAACCUCAUCCCGCGGACAUGGCUAACAAGGGGAAUAAAAAGCGUCGACAGUUUUCUUUGGAGGAAAAAAUGAAAGUAGUAGAAGCAGUGGAUUCUGGCAAACGAAAAGGAGAUGUGGCAAAGGAAUUUGGUAUCACUCCUUCUACAUUAUCCACAUUCUUAAAAGAUCGUGCUAAAUUUGAAGAAAAGGUAAAGGAAGCAUCUGUGGGACCACAACGAAAAAGAAUGCGUAAUGCACUCUAUGAUGACAUUGACAAGGCUGUGUUUGCUUGGUUUCAGGAAGUUCAUGCAAAAAACAUUCUUGUAAGUGGAUCAGUGAUUCGAAAAAAAGCAUUGAAUUUGGCAAAUAUGUUAGGCUAUGACAAUUUUCAAGCAAGUGUUGGAUGGCUUAAUAGAUUUCGGGAUCGUCAUGGGAUUGCUUUAAAAGCAAUCUGCAGAGAGGAUAAUGAUAAAUUAAUGAAUGGUAUAGGAAUAGAUAAAGUUAAUGAAUGGCAUGCUGGUGAAAUUAUAAAGCUGAUUGCUGACUACAGUCCAGAUGAUAUUUUUAAUGCUGAUGAAACAGGCAUGUUUUUCCAGUUGUUGCCACAACAUACACUUACUGCUAAAGGUGAUUGCUGCAGAGGAGGUAAGAAGGCCAGACAACGGUUGACUGCACUUUUUUGUUGCAAUGCGUCAGGAACUGAAAAAAUGAGACCAUUGAUUGUUGGCAAAUCACCUACCCCCCGAUGCUUUAAGAAUGUCCAUUCACUUCCUUGUGAUUACCGUGCCAACCAGCGGGCAUGGAUGACUCGAGAUCUGUUUAAUGAGUGGCUAAUGAAAGUUGAUGCAAAGAUGAAACAAGCAGAACGCAGAAUUCUCAUGUUAAUUGACAAUUGUUCUGCACACAACAUGCUUCCACGUCUAGAAAGAAUUCAAGUUGGCUACCUCCCAUCAAACUGUACAGCCGUUUUACAGCCACUGAAUCUUGGUGUAAUUCACACCAUGAAAGUUUUAUAUCGGAGUCGACUCUUGAAGCAGAUUUUUCUCAACCUCAAUAGUAAUGAGGAAAAAGAAAAGAUCAGCAUUAAACAAGCUAUUGACAUGAUAGCUGGGGCAUGGUGGUCUGUUAAACAAACCACAGUUGUAAAGUGCUGGCAAAAGGCAGGCAUUAUUCCAAUGGAAUUUACUGAUACUGAUCCAGAAGAUGAUGAUGAACCAGAUACAGAAAUUGAAAAACUAUGGAAUUCAGUUGCUAUUGCCACAUGUGUUCCAAAUGAAGUCACUUUUCAGGACUUUGUAACUGCUGACAAUGAUUUAUUAAUAUCUCGUGAGUUAAUGGAUGUGGAAAUUGUUGAAAGCAUGAUGGCUGGUGCAAGCCCUGAAGAACUUGAAAGUGAAAGUGAGGAUGAUGAGGGUGUCUCUUUGCUGGAGCAGCCAAAACUAACUAUUGCAGAAGCUAUCUCAAGUGUAGAAAAACUCAGGCAAUUUCUUUCUACAUGUACAGAUGUUCCUGAUGCAGUCUUUGGACAGCUAAAUGGUAUAGAUGAAUAUUUAAUGACAAGUGUAACACAUACUCUUGUAGAAUCCAAUAUUACAGAUUUUCUCCAAACAAAAUAAAAUGGGAAAAUUACUUCAACUUUAUGUUGGAGGGUAUAGUUCUAACAUGACUAAAGAAUGUUCCUUUCAGAUUUUGAACUUAUUUCAAGCAAUAUCAUUGCAUUGACAUUCCAGUACCGUGAAAUGGUUUGGACACUUGAAGCUUGCUGUAACAGGAUUUGUUCUGUGAUAUAUUUGAUUGAUAACUGUAUUAUCUUUUAAUUCAGUAUAGAAAGAUUAACCACAUUAUAGAUUAUCCUUGAGACUUGCAACUACCUUCUAGAAUUUCUGCCUCAGUUUACAAUCCACUUUGUUCCACGGAUAGCAUCUAAUAUUGACCAGCUUUGUUACAUUCCUCCUCAUACUGUGCUGUAGUUAGGACCAAUUAUUUUUACAUAGUAUUGCAAGUCUUCCUCUAUUCUGAUGAAUUGUCCCUUGACACAGCUCUCCUCUACUUCCUACUUUGCUUAUCCUCUAUAAAACAAACUCUUCCCAUCCUAUACCCAGAAGAGAAUUAUAUGAUGGAAGUACUUCCUAUAGGAAUUGCUUAAGCAGGUAACAUGUUUUCUAGACUUUUAGAGAUGUGCAACUUAGUUUUAUCACUAAUAGAGAGAUGAGGUAGGAUGUAUUUAGAACAUAUUUUCAUAAUUAAUAUAGAAGUUAGUUAAAGUUUAUGGAACAAUUCUAUAUUAAGGAAUUGUCAGAGCUCAGAGACAGUAGAAAAACAGAUCCAUAGAAAUAGUAGAGUGAGGUUUUCUAAUGUUCAUCUACUAUACUUUUGACCAGGAUGGAGAUUAAAAAGAUACAGGAGUGAGAGUAUGCAUAUGAAUAGAAUAAACAUGUUUGGUUCUACCCUGAUUUGAGAUCCUAUGCCAUAUCUGUAGGUAAUUCAGAAUCAGUUCCACAUGAUAAUAUUAACAAUCUGCAUUGCCCACUCAUCGGGGAGAGACUAAAGUAAUGAAAUGCCAUUCUUUUUCUGUUAUUGCCCUUUGUGGUAAUCUGCUAAGUUAGAUUUGUUUUAAUUCAAGGUUUAAAAAAAAAAAAAACAGAUAUUAGAAACAUUCAACUAAAGAUUUUCUUCCUAUCAAAAAAAAAAUAAUAAUAACCCAACCCAAAACAAACACCUUAUUUUUUAUUUCAUUUAUUUAUUUAUUUAUUUUGUAUUCCUAACCUAAUAGUAAUCAGAAGUCAGAAUAAUGUAGCUUUUAUUUUUAGGUACAAAUCAAUCAGAAGGUACUUUUGAGGUGGUGGUAAAUUUUGCUAUUUUUUCAGAUGAAUUUUUGGAUACUUCAAGACUGCUAAAUGUUUGGUUAUUUUCCAAAGCUGGAACUUGUAAAGUCAUUGGGGAUGGGGAGUGGAGGGUGGAAUAACUGUCUCCUUUUGGUCAGGUGAGCCAUAGAGAUUGGAGAAUAUUUUUGCCAUGAUGUAUUAGGAGAACCUCCCUCACCAAAAAAAUAGAUACUGCUUUAACUAAGAAAUACAAAAUUUACGUAUUCUACAUAUUUUUAUUCAACACAAAUAUAACUAUAUUAAUAAAGCGAAUGCAUAUUUUUGAAUUUUCAACCAGUUUAGGCCAAGAAAGCAAAAUGAUCUGCAUCUUCCUUCUACCUGUCAAGAUGUCACCAACUCUUGUCAUUUCUUCUUCUGAAAGGUCUCUAGGUUUCACCACUUACUUUCUAUUUUCAUGCACACACAAGCUGAAUAAAGACCUACAGUACCUUAUACUUGCAAUAGCCUAUAUGGUCUUCCUGACACCUUCCUCUUUCAUUCCCAUUCUAAUCCGUCCUGUACACUGCUGCCAUAUUUUUCCAAAAUACUGCAGGUAGCAUGUCCCUUUCUCUGCUUGAAAAGCUACAAUGAUACCUCUUUGCCUACAAAAUAAAAUGCAAAUGCCUCAAAUUCCAUAAUUUAGCCGACUCUUAUCCCAACAUGCUCCAAUUCUAGAUAGACCAGACUAUAUUUUCUCCUUAAUACCACUCUUAAAGCUGCCUAUCUUUAAUUAUUAUUGAAGACAUCAUCUUUGUCUUAGUCGUGGUUUAUCCAUUCUGAAAGUUUUAGCUCAGUCCCUUUAUCCUCAAUCUCCCAAUUACUUGAAGUCUACUUUGAUUUGUCUCUUUUGGAUUUACAAUAUACUUGUCAUUGCCAUACAAUUUUUCUCUUAACUGUUCUGUUUUCUAGUUCUGUCUUCAACUAAAUCUUGUAGUCCAUCAAGGAUGGAGACCUUGUAUUAUAAUUUUUUUUUUUUUUUUUGGUAUAGUCAGUAAUGCCUACCACAGUACUGGGCAUAUAGUAGGCACUUAAUAAAUUGAUUGAUAGAUACAUAAAUUGUGUCCAAACCACAUCCUUUUUUAAUAGUUAAAAUUUGGUCCUUGUACCAUGUAAUAAUAAUGGCAAGAAAUUUCUUUGAGAUUUAGUGAAAUAUUAAGAAAACAUUCUUACAUAUAAGCCACUACAUUCUCAGGAGUUAUAACUACUUUCAUAAUGGUCGUUACAGGAUAUAACAUAUCAAGGUAAAAUAAUCAAGUUGAUUUAGUCCCCGAUUCAUUACUUUUUCUCUUAUAGUUAGGGAGCAGUUCUGGGGGAUGAAUAGAAUUCCAUAAGGGGUCAAAAUCUUUGCAAAGGGGAAACAGAUGUUUAUUCAUUCUAUGAGAAGAUUAAAAAACUUAAUUUAAAAUCAAUAGAUUGUUCCUGGAAGGAAGAGGAAUCACAGUUCACAGGCCUAAGAACAGUAAAUGGGGUUAAAUAAAGCUUACAAUUCAAAUUGUGCUUGAAGUUAUUAACUUGAAGAUAACUAAGACAAUCCGCUUUUAACUGUGUACAUCUAGGUCCUCUCUCAUGAAUUUCAAUGUCAAAACAAAUCCAUAGGACAAAUAUGUGACAUUAGAUAAAUCAUCAGGACUAUAUUACAGAUGUCCAAGAAUUUAGAAGGAUAAAAUUGGGAAAGUGUUGAUGAGAGUGUAUAAUGUGUCUUUAUAAGCAUGUUUUAUGCCAAGAAAUUUGUGAGCUGCUUAAGUGAGGGGACCUGGUAGCUUAUAGGCUAAUGAGUUAUUUCCCCAUCAAGCAAGCUUGUGAGACCUAAAGAAUACUAGGAUGACUGAAAAUAGAGUAUAUUAAGGGCAUUUUUGCAGAUAGGAAUUUAUAGUUUCAGUCUCUUUGUAAUUGGCCAUUGCCAAAAUAGAAGUAUAGGAAAUUAAGGAAAGGGAGUGGUAGGUAGGUUAGUGUAAAUGCUUUUUAUAUUCUUGAAGGCAGUUCAUAAUUUGACCUACCCAUAUUUCCUAAUGCAAAGUAGUGAGUACGUGGGUUGAGAAAACAGUUUUGCCAAAUGAUUUCCAUAUUGAACCAUUGCCAACUGUGCCUCUUAGAUUUUGUUGAUCCCCUUCUUUGACCUGUCUCUGGCCUGUUAGCUCCACAAUUGAUAUCCCAGGUUCUGAUUUUGGCUUUUUUCUGAAUACAAUUCUUGAAUAAAGAUAUUCCUGAUAAGAGUCCUGCUCCCUAGGCCUCAAACCUCAAUCUUCAGUGGCAUCUUGAACCUUCUUGUGGUAUUCUAAAACUAUUGGGGGAUAGGAAGUCCUUAGGAAAUGGAGGGAAACAGUAUAGAAAUCAUGAUUGUCUAAUUAAUCCAGGGUAUUUGAAGAGAAAAAAUAAGUGUGUAGAUGAUGGAGAAAUAGCAAAACAAAGUUCAGUAGUUUUUGGUAGUAAAUGGACAUAAUACAUUUAGAUUUUCAAAAUGUCUCCAAUAUAGUUCUGGCUUGUGUUAAAUCUAACUUGUGUUAAAUCAGAAAAGACCCCUAAAUGGAAUGUUCUCAUUCCUAAUAACUGUUUUAAAUCUUUGCCUCUUAAUCCUCCAACUAGCAAUUAUCCUGUUCUCCCACCCCAACUUUAUCAAAGAGAUGAGAGUACAACUGUCAAAAUCUUCAGUUGUGCAUGUCCACAUCUUGAACUUUCUCAGCCCCUCUCCUCCAUUUUCUCCUUUUCUUCUUUUUCAGAAAAAAUAUUGAUUCAAUUUCUGUGAAGGCCAACCUCUUUAACCAAUCUAUCCAUCAUUACUUGAUUCUUACUCUCCUUGUUGAGCUCAAUUUGCCGGUGCCUCACCAAGUGUCAAUCCUAAUUCUCUUCUCUUUCAUGCUUAACUUGUAGAAAGUUGCUUAUACUGAUUGACUACCUCCACUCUACUAUAAUCUGGUUUUCUUUUUAGCUCUACUGAAUCUGUUCUCCCCAAAGUCUCUUUUAAAUUAUUAAAUGCCAAAAAAGUCUUUUUUCAAUCCAAUUCUUGUAAUUUGUCUGUAGCAUUUGACACUAUUAAUCCCUCCCAUAAUCUUAUAAUCAGAAUCUCAGAAGGGAGGGCAGAGGCAAUAUAGUCUUAACCUGUAGCCGAAUAUUUAUUAUUCUUUCUAAUAGCAUUCCUGAUAGGUGAUGAAAUCUCAUUAUUCUCCCAAAGCAGUCCAUUACUUUUUGGCACAGCUCUUUGUUCUUCCCUUAGCUUUCUUCCACAGCUUCUGCCAUUUGGGCCUAGUUCUAUAUUUUAGGGUCAAACAAAACAAAUCUAAUCCCUCUUUCAUAUGACCUUUUACAUACUUGAAGACAGCUAUCAAUCCCGCCCUGUUCCAUCCUCCCCGGUUUUCUUUUCCUUAAUAGGUUAAAAGCAUCAGUUCCUCCAUGACCCCUUAAGUAAAAAGUGGAAUGGGAAAUGUUGGUGAGUACUGCCACACCCAUAUGCUGGCCAUUCUGUGUCACCCCUUUCUAUCAUUUGAAAUUUUUCUAGGUCCUUGAUGCUGUCAAGUAUUUAUAUUUCUUAUAGCGCUUCAUCUAAACUAAUUCAUUAUCCUUAUCACUAGCUAGCUACCUUGUACUCUACUUUUGUUCCUCCAACUUAUCCCUUAAAAACAGACUAUCUUUUUUUUUCUUCUUUAUAUACCCAGCAUCUAGCACAUAGGUCUCCUCCAUAUACCUUUUAUAUGAUCAUUUAAUAUUGAUUAAACUGAAUAUGGUCAUUGAGCUUACUAAUGGGGAGUUGGACUUAAUAAUGGGCUGUUAAGUUAAAGAAAUUUUCCCUAUGUUUUUAAAGAAUUAAGUGAAAAGUGUAAAAAUUAACCCAAGGUUUUUAUGUCAUCUCUGGCAUUUGCAAAAAAUACACUGACUCUUCAGAAAUGCAGGAGCAGCAUCACAUAUUACAUUUACAUUUUACACCUGUUGAAUAUCUUUCACCACUUUGUAACAAACUGGAAGAAGAGAAGUUCCAACUAGGCCAUGGAUGUUUCAUAUGCUCCAAGGGCCUUAUGGAAGGGCUUUAUCUAUGAAUGCAAAAGAAUAAGAGGAACAUAUAGUAUUUUGUAGGUUCCUAUAAUUUUUGCCCUCUGUUUAAAAAUCCAAUACCACCAAUAAAGAAAAGUUUAAAAUUCUAUUGGCAGUCAAAAGAGGUUAUAAGUAGAGACCUCAAAUCUAAUGUACAUGAAUACCAGCUGUUACAGAAUGCAAAAUUUAACAUCCAUCAUCUUCCAAUGUUAUCCAUUCCUUUCAGUCUCUCCAACCCUGAAGACAUGAGGUUUUCCUGUUUCAAAGCAUUUUGCUUUGUUUAGAAUGCCACAUAAAGUUGCUUGAGUAGUAAAAUGGUAAAAUGCACUAUCUUACAUUGUCAUUAUGAAUUUAUGGUUUCUGGGAGCAGCAUAUAGUGAAAAGCAGAAAGAUUAAAACUUGAACAGUUGUUGCUCUGAUAUACAUCUUUGACGUACUACAAGGUUCUGGAGAAAAAAACAGCAGACAGGUCUCUUAUCUACAUCUCUUGAUGGUAGAUUGACUUCUAAGAAGUGAAAUAAUAGAUUUUAGAAUUCAACUUUAAUUCAUACUGAAAAAAAAAAUUGCUUGGUUCCAAGUGUAUUUUUUAUGAAUUUCCAAAUAAGAACAUGAACAUUUCAAUGUGCAAAGAAGAAAAAGUAUGUGAAACUUUGUACUUUUAUUAUCUAGCUUUUAAAAAUGUAUUUUAUACUUAAUACAGUAGUAACAAAGCUG